UUCAAUAUGCAUCAAAGGACAUUUUGCAACGGCCGUAGAUCAUACCUGCGUAAAGUUCCAGCUAUUUAUCCGAGGCCAAGUCAUGAAUCCUUAUCCUCUGAAUGACACAUCCAUCCCACCCAUCAUCGAGCAUCAGACGGACGACGACAAAACUCACGCGUAUUGCAAUAAUCGGUAGCUGAAAGUCUAUAAAAUGCGGCGCAAAUUAUCCUCCAAUAAUCAGUUCGGUUUCUCUGCUCGAGUUUAAAACGCACCCUACCUUUGGGUCGAUCGAGGCGUUGUGCCCAUCAGCUGGCAUCAACAUGCUCCUGGAACUGCUUGUUCUGUACCUAUGUUUUAGGUCCAGCAAUUCAGCCUAUGUUUCGGUUCAAUCACCAUACGUGAAUUCAGCAGGGGUGAACUACGUCGGUGGCCAUGCUCAGUACCAUUCAGGAUAUUUGACGAGUGCAGCAAGAUAUCCCAACCAAGUGCAAGCAGUUCAGUUAGUCGGUAGCCCUUCGUAUCAAUCAUAUCCGUCCUACUACCCGUACAAUAUUCAGUCUCCAGCGGUAUCUUUCGCUCCGCAUCCAUUCCAAACAUAUGGUCAUGCAGCGGUUGGUCCGGUAGUGUAUGGUGGAGUUCAAAGGCCAUCCGUUGUAGCAUACGCUCCUCAACCUUUCUACCCAGUCGCUACCCCACAUCAGGGUCCUGCUGUACACGCUGUGCAUGUUCCAGCGGCACCUGUCGUUCCAGUUCACGUUCCUGUAGCACCUGUUAAGCCAGUAACUACGGUAACAAAAGUAGCAGCUGUUACACCAGUAACGACUACUGUUACCAAAACGGUCACUAGAGAAGAAGAAACUUUUUCUUCCAGCACUGAAACCCCGCUUCCGGUUAUCAAAUCACGCAAGUACAAAGUUAGAAGACCAGCAAUCCAGAACCAGUUCUAUGACAUCGAAGAACGGGUUAUUAUUAGACCUGUCGGAAGUGCCCUUGUAGAACUGGAGCAACCGGCAUCCAGAACGGAAACGAAGGUAACUUCCCACACAGUUCAGACACAACCAAACAGGGGAAGUGGUGGGCAGGGACGUGCAGUAUUUACCGGAACGACUACCGUGACUCAGAAGCCCCAAAUAAUUCACACUGUGUACCAGCAGACACCCGUGCAACACACUCCAGUAGUGGCUCCACAUCCCGUGAUUAUUCAUGCCAGCAGCGCUGGUCACGUUGUUCCUCAACCUGCCAUCCAUCAUGUGCAAGCACCAGUACCUGUCUAUGUAAAUCAUGUUCAACCAGUAUACGUUCCAGUAACACCUGUUCCAGUUAGUACUGCGGUCACUACGUUCAAACCUGUACAUCAUGUAACCACACAAAUUGUAACGACUCCUGCUCCAACUACAGAUCCUUCUGCCAUAUCUAGCACAGGCUACGACUACGAUGACUCCGUGGUAGUGGAACCACGUGGAAGUGGCUCGACAUAUCAUGUUGUCUCAAGUACCGAGGCUCCACUAGAGCAUUCGACUCUAGAUGCUACAGCCAAGUAUAGAAUUUGUGACGAAGUCACUUCCGGUGAUCUUCCCAAAAGGGGAGACAUCGCUAUCACAUAUGCUUCAACUGAAGCAACACACCAAGGUCUUUCCGAAGCGGAUCAUUCAACUUCUUCAGAAUCUACGGUAACACCUAAACCAAACCUCUCUGUAUCCGCGUCAUUCAAAAACGUUCAGGUAAAAUCUCGAGUCGAUAUUGAAGAUCAAAACCAAUCACAGUCGUCAGUUUCGGAACGCCAACAAACUCAAUCGCGCAGAGGACAGAUAAAUGAAAUUACAGCGACAUCGCCGAGGGUCAUCAUAGCUAAUGGUCUUUCAGCCGAUCAAGCCCGUUCAAACCAAGAUCAGUUUAUUCGACUGUUGUCCGAGCGAGAUUCUAUUUCGGAAGUAGGUUAUGGGCCCAACACCGACACAUCAAGUAGUCUAAUCAACACCUACGUUCGAAGUCGCGUGUUAUCAGCAACGCCUGCACCGCAAGGCGCCAAAGAAACAAGCAGAACCGUCAACAUCCGAAGAAUAAUUGUAUCCCGACCGAUUGAAACCGAACAAGAGGUCGAGGUUCGGGAGCACACCUUCUCUGCACAUCCCACCACACACCAAGUCACAUCCAGCUCGGAGCAGGUUCCCGUCUACACGACGAUCAAGCCUCCAGCAUUUGCCAGUGAUGAUGCCAAAUAAUAUACACCUAAGUUGCAUUUUACUCGCCAUGAAACAGAAAUUAAACGUCCAUUGUUACCGACACCCGGCUACAAUUUCACUUUUACCGAAUCCAUUUAGAAAUUCAAAUUUCAAUGCACAAGAACGCACGACCUG